GCGGGCGUCGCUGAAGGUGCCAGAGCUCUUUGGUGACCCGGAAAUGAACAACUGCUCGGCGGCCGUUCGGCCGACCUGUCGGGUCACCGGGCUCCAAUAUGGCGUGGAGGAGCUGCUCCGUCCUGCUCAGACUGACCGGAGAUGAAGGCUUACGGAGCUCCGUGAGGGGUGGCAGGUGGCCUCAGAGCUUCCAGCAGAGAUGCGGCUUCAGGAAAGCUGCGCGGAAACCCGAGUCCAAGAAGGUGGAAGAGGAGUUAGGUCCCGCCCACAGUGAAUCCUCUGAAGCUGCGGCCCAGCGCCGGACCCCAGCUCCUCACUGGGACCAUCAAGCUCCGCCCAGUCCCCACGCGCCUUCGGCCGGCUCGUCAGGCCGCUCGUCUUUACCAUCGGGUUUACAGGCUGCUCCUUCGGCUCGGCGGCCAUCUGGCAGUACGAGUCCCUCAAGUCUCGAGUGCAGAGCUACUUUGACGAGCUGCGAGCCGAUUGGCUGGAGAAGGUGCGACCUCAGAAACGAGGAGACAUCCGCAAAGAGAUCAACCAAUGGUGGAACAGCCUGAGUGAGGGCCAGAGGACGGUAACAGGGAUCAUUGCUGCUAACGCCAUCGUGUUCUGCUGCUGGAGAGUGCCGUCUCUGCAGCGCUUCAUGAUCAGAUACUUCACCGCCAACCCGGCCUCCAGGACUCUGUGCUCUCCCAUGAUUCUCUCCACCUUCAGUCACUUCUCAUUCUUCCACAUGGCGGCCAACAUGUACGUCCUCUGGAGCUUCUCCACCAGCGCCGUCUCCAUGCUGGGCCGAGAGCAGUUCAUGGCCGUGUAUCUGUCUGCAGGUGUUAUUUCUACAUUUGUCAGUUAUGUGUGCAAGAUGGCCACGGGGAGGUUCGGCCCGUCUCUCGGAGCGUCUGGCGCCAUCAUGACCGUCCUCGCUGCUGUUUGUACCAAAAUGCCUGAAGCCAAACUGGCCAUCAUUUUCCUCCCCAUGUUCACCUUCACCGCUGGCAACGCUCUCAAGGCCAUCGUUGCCAUGGAUACAGCAGGCCUGGUGCUUGGAUGGAGGUUUUUCGACCAUGCUGCUCAUUUAGGAGGAGCCAUGUUUGGAAUCUGGUACGUUCUGUUCGGCCACGAGUUGAUCUGGAAGAACCGAGAACCUUUCGUCAAGCUUUGGCACGACUUCAGAACUCGAAGGGGACCGGGAGGAGGAGGAGGAGGCGGAGGGGACCGAGGAGGCGCCAUUUAGGACGCCGAAAUGCAGGGACUGAUGGGAAUAAAAUGCUAACGUAACAUGUAAAGAUGUAUAAAAUGUACAGAGAGAAUCACGGAGCCCGGGCACAGGCUGGAGUCGAAGUAAAGACUCGUGUUUGUAUUUAUAAAACAUGAACGAUUCCAUUGUUGUCUCCUUGCCUGCUUUUGUUCACAGUUUGAUCAGAGACAAAGACAAAUGGGUGAUCGUGUGACAAACAGCCCAGAGAGAUUCAGUCAGAUGGAUUUUUAUGUCUCAAUAAUCUGUAAAAGACAAAAAGACAACUGAGGGAAUCUUACAGAGCUCCACUUACUUCAGGUGAAACUUCAAACCCCAUCAGGACGGCAUGUCUGUGAAGCUAGAGUCUGCUGCUGCUGCAGAACGAACCGGACGACUGAACAAACACCGUGUUUGCCAAACAGGUUGAAGUCCACCAACAGACCAGACUGAUGGUGUCAGAGCGCGAUCUGAGAGGUCAUCAUGGAGAGCGUCAUACGCCUGCGGCGAUUGGCUCACAGCUUUAAUAAAGCCUUGUGAUGCUCGUGGGUUUAACUUUCUUAAAAUAGACUCGAUAUUUGUGUUGUGGAAAAAUAAACUGAUCAAAACCUGA